AUGGACGUCAUACCGCUGGUGGCACAAGAGAUUGUGGCUCGCUAUCACAAGCAGGCAGGGGACCGCCCCAUGGGCUCCGCCGUCACGGUCGACCUUGCAGCGCUGCUGACGCGUCUCUGGCUGCUGAAGGAGCGUGCCCGAUUUGAUGACGCCGGUGAUGUGGCGGCGAGCGUUCUUCAUAUCGAAGCCCUGGCAGACGACGUGCUUGAUUAUCUUCUCCAUCGCUGCAGUCUCCCUAGCCUCUCCACGUUAUCCUUGCAGGUCCGCUGCGACACGCUGCGCACGUCUCGCGAAGAGCAGCAGCACAAGGCAGAGGUGAAGAAGGAGGCCAUCCGUGUACAGCUGGAGGGGGCACUGAUGUCGAUGGAACCUGGGAUGGUGAGCGCCGAGCAAGUCUGGAGCUCUCUCGCGGUCUGCUUUGUGCACCACUACAGUGGCCUUGGCUCACUGGCGUCGGCCGCGGCGAAGGCUGGUAGCGGCAGCAGCGGCACCUCCCACAGCGAAACUCUCUCCGCCGUCAGCGCGGCCCUCCCUCGUGCACAGGUGACUGCGUUCCUACGUCAGGACCGCGUGGAGCGGGCGGGCCAGCUGCGGCAGCUUCGUCGCAUCGCAUGGGGACUGCGGCUUUAUCAGAAGGAGACGGGCCGCACCGCUGGCGUGGACUUGAUGUCGCUGUCCACCACUGUGGACACACCGCUUGCGGAGCUUGAGGCAAAGGCGGAGGAGGCGGUGGCUGAGCUGGAGCCACGGGUGCGCCUCACGCGUGCACUGCUAGUGUCUCCGACCUGUCCUCUCGGUGCCGCGGCCCAUCAGCAGCUCAAGGAGGAGUACCACCACCUGCUUCUGGUCCAGCACGUUCUCCGGCAUGUGCAGUGCGGUCUUCAGCAGCUCCGCGAGUGCAUGAAUAGCCGCGUCAUGCAGCCAUACACAUCACUUUUAGCUGCGCUGCGGCAGUUGAUGCCGGUGAGCAAAGCGGCUGCAGCUGCGCAGGCAUCCUCGUCCGCGAUCACCGCCGCUUCACCGGCCGCUGCUGCCACCGCGCGUGGUGCGGCCGCUCCGAAGAAGGUGGUGUUUCCCAAGUUCAUGGAGCUGGCUGACGCGUAUGAGGCGGGCAUGCGCUGUGCUGGUGAGCUUGCACUUUGGUCGACGCUGCUGCGCGUUGCAACAGAGUCCGCCGCUGGAUACGACUCGACGCUGCCCAGAACCGCCGCAGAGGAAGCGCUCGCCCUCGCGGAGGCUGCACCGGCACCUCCUGUCACCUCUGCGAGUGCCCUGGCUGCCGAGGUCGGUGCCCUGCUUGACUCCGACGCAACGCGGCAGCGACUUCCUCCUGGUGUUCACGUGCGCUACCGCACCGACCUCCCGCUGCACACGGUCGACCCUACCGUGGCGCGGAUUUACCCCGAGUCUCUGUGCGCUAUGCGAGGCUACUGCCCCGUUCAACUCCUCGCCGGGUGUCCAACCGCGGGGCUGCUGAUACCUGGCCAAGUCCCGUCAGAGCCUUCGUCGCCCACGCUGUCGAAGACGUCGUUGGGAUGCAUGGAGGUGAGCGGCAGCGUCCGCCGCGUCGCUCUGGCGCGCCCACUCUACUUCAUCUUUGCGGACGCGGCUGCAAUGCGCGCCUUUGCGGCUGAUCCGUGGCGGUACGUGGAGGGCUGCCUGCACGUCUUCCACGCCGCCGAUCCAUGCCUGACUCUUGUGAUGGGGAGAGCCGCCGAGCUGCCGCGCGAGCUGUACUUGGAGGGGGCGCGUGUGGUGGAGCGGCUGAGGAGUGACUUAGCAAAUGCGCAGCACGAGCAAGAGAACAGGCAGAGCUGCGGCACGCAGACGGGGCAGAUCGACUCUUACAUCGACCACAACUACUUCUGGAACGAGUGGGAUCUCCGUCGACACGCACUGAAGCUGGCCAAUCUCAUGCAGAUGCGUACGCAUUCCUCGCAGACCGCCGCGCUGCACUUCCGCCGUGAGGCAGCGACGCAGGCGGACCCGAGAAAGGACUCUGAGGCGCAGACGCUGCACAACGCGGCAACGCAGCCGCCGCAUGUGGCGCAGUAUCUGAAGGGGCUUCGCGGCACUUACACAUCGGCGAUUGAGCAGGUGCGCAAAGUCAUCGAGCACUGA